CUAUGUGCUCGGAAGUGACGAGCAGCACCCCGCUGGCUCCUACUGUCGGUAGGGAAACAUUAACUUCGGAGUUGGGCUCCCUUCAGGGGGGUAGAACGGGUUAGAAAGCAUCCUGACGAAAUCCGCGUAAAGCUAAAUAGGCGCAAGCAGCAAUGCAGAUUUCUAUUUUUACGGUUGAUGCUUUUACAAACAGGCCCUUUUGUGGAAACCCUGCAGCAGUUUGUCUGCUCGAAAAUCACUUGGAUGAAGGCUUGCACCAGAAAAUUGCAACAGAAAUGAAUCUUUCUGAAACUGCCUUCAUCAGAAAACUGAACCCUGCAGAUGACUUUACCAAAAGUUCCUGCUUUGGACUCAGAUGGUUCACUCCAGCCAAUGAAGUUCCUCUGUGUGGUCAUGCUACACUUGCCUCAGCUGCUGUUUUGUUUCACAUACAAAAAAACACAAAUUCAGUUCUUACUUUUGUCACUCUGAGUGGGGAAUUAAAAACGAGACGAGAGAAAGAUCGUAUUGUCCUGGACUUACCACUUUACUCAACCUACCCACAGGCACUUGAGGAAGUAGGAGAGUUAAUAAAGGCAGCUGUUGGUGACAUGAUCGUUCAAGAUCUCCGUUAUUCUCCUGACACAAAGAAGCUCCUGGCCCGCCUCAGUGAUGCUUAUGAAAGGUCUGUGUUGGAAAAACUGCAAGUGAACGCACAACAAUUUCUAUCAGCUGAAAAGACUGGAAAGGUGAAAGGACUCAUACUCACUCUUAAGGGAAACUCCAGUGGAAAAGAUAAAGGCCAUGAUUUUUACUCCAGAUACUUUGCACCUUGGUAUGGAAUACUGGAAGACCCUGUUACAGGAUCUGCCCAUGCUGUUUUAAGCAGCUACUGGUCAGAGCAGCUGGGGAAGACAGAAAUGCUUGGUAAGAGGGACUGUUUUCUUGGAAAACUGUCCAUUUAUUUAAAAGCUACCAACUUUAGAAUAAAUACAAUUAUAACCCCAAAAUAUAGUAAUAACUCCCUAUCCAUUUUCCCAUCAUGAUUCUGGAUCCUAACUCUCCUUAGGUUUUGAUCUCAGCUUUUGUAUUUUAGCUGUCAUGACCUUUCAUCAUGGCUGAAGCAUGGUAAACUUCAGAUGAUAUCCUAGUAGUCCCCUGUCUCUCUCAGUGGGUGGUGAUGACUGUGUUAGAAAUACUGCUUUUCUGUGCAGUUGGCAUCAAUUGGUAAUGUUUAGUCUAAUCAGAGAUUGGACCCUUGUUUGUAAAAGUAAAUGCUUUUCCAAACAGCCACCUUGAAUAUAAGCCUUCCUAUAUUUAGCCAAAUGAAUCUCAGAGUGGAAUUUUUCUGAGUGAUAAUCUCUUUAAAGGAUCUGUUAGCCCUCCAUAGCUUGGCAUGAUAAUCCACAGUGACUGAGACCUUCUCCAUCAUGAAUUGAAGGAAACGUUUAUCAGUCUGUUCCAAGGUCAAGUUUGCAUUUACAUCAUACAGAUCUAUGAUAAUUACCAUAAAGUUGAGGAUAAAAAUAUUUUCUGAAGAAGAACAACUGUUUUUGGUAUUGCAUCUUUAUGGACUGGCUGUUUCUCAUAGGAUUUGUUUAUUUCAGUCUUUAAUGUCCAGUGCUGAAAGUCUUCCUUCACACCUGUCAACAGUGUUUCUAAACAAUCAGACACAAUUUCUGUCUGUAUUUUUAUAUGGUACUUUCUACUUCUAUGUUUACAUUUGUUUCAUAUGUGCCAUGGUGUUUCCUCUUUUAGAGAAAUUAUCUCAAGCAGCAAAGGCAAUUUAUACUAUAAUCUACUCCCCUGGUAUUUUUAGUGGGGAAAAAACAAGUCCCAUCUUCCCAUAGGCUAGAUUUUUUCAUAUUUCAUGCAUAUAUGAAAAAU